AAGCGGAUGUUUCCCUGAUCAUAGUUCGCUGUUUCUCCGCUUUUCAAACCAGGAAGAUGGAUUUGCUGUCUCACAACUGGAUUGUAUAUUUGACUAUAUGUUUGUUUUUCACUGGUGUCAGUUGCAAUUCAAUGGAAAACAAGAUUUACAUCAAUCUCAACUACACUAUGCCUUGCGUACGACUUCUUAAUGCAACUCAUCAAAUUGGUUGCCAGUCAUCUUUGUCAGGUGAUGUUGGAGUUCUUCACGUACUGGAGUCAGAAGACAACCUGGACUUGGUGCUUCGUUCUGGUCUCCACCCUCCUUACAUGGUCAUUCUGGAGACUCCACUCUUUACCAGAUCCAUCAUGAUGAAGCUGAAGAGCGGCUCCAAAAGGGUGGCUGGCGUCGCUGUGGUGGAGCCCAGCGCCAAUCCACCGCAGGGCUUCUCCCCGCACACUAAAUGUCCCAACGAGAACACAGGCGUGUACUCGGAGAACUAUGGUCCCAGUCUGGCCCACUGCAACACAACAGAGUGGAACCCCCUCGGAAACGGCUUGUCCUACGAGGACUUUGACUUUCCCAUCUUCUCCCUUAAAGACGACAAUGACACACAGGUUAUACGGCAGUGCUACAUGGACCACAACCGCGCAUUGAACGGCAGCGACCCGCAGUACCCUCUGUGUGCCAUGCAGCUUUUCUCCCACAUGUCUGCCGUCACCAACACGGCCACCUGCAUGAGGAGAAACAGCAUCAGUUUCAGCAUUAGCCCAGAAAUGGUUUGUGAUCCGCUGAGUGACUAUAAUAUUUGGGCCCCAGUUAAACCUUUGAACACCACAGAGAAAGGCCACAAGGCGGGGGAGAGCGUGGUCAUCGCAUCAGCCAGGCUUGACAGCCGGUCCUUUUUCUCUGACAUCGCUCCCGGAGCAGAGAGUGCAGCCUCAGGCCUCGUCACCCUGCUGGCGGCUGCUCACGCUCUACGAAACGCCACCCAGGAGGCUCAGCUGAACCGCACCAUCUUCUACACUUUCUUCCACGGGGAAACGUUUGACUACAUCGGCAGUUCAAGGAUGGUGUUUGACAUGGAGAGAAAUCAGUUCCCUAUAGAUCUGGACAACAUUCACUCAGUGCUGGAAAUUGGACAGGUGGGAUUGCUCUCCAACUCCAAGCUCUGGCUCCACACAGAUCCUGUCUCUAGGAGAAAUAGCAGCAUCGAGGAAGAGGUGAAGAACCUCAUCACCAACCUGCAGGCCGCUGCUAACGGUUUGAACGUCUCUGUGGAGGAACCCGCCGCCACCCAGCCGCUGCCUCCUGCGUCCUUCCACAGGUUCCUGCUAGCCCGGCCGUUCCCUGGUGUCGUCAUUGAGGACCACAGCUCCAGUUUCACCAACAAGUAUUACCAAAGCAUGUAUGACAACCCUGAAUACCUGAACCUGUUGUUCCCUCCUGAUCUGACCCCUGAGGAGCAGCUGAACCACAUCUCAGACACUGCAAAGUCUCUGACUGAGGUGGCGACCCUCGUGGCUCGAGCUCUCUUUGUUCAGGCUGGAGGAGAAAAAAGCCAAAUCAGCACCAUUAAAGCAGAUGAGCUGACGGUGAGCCGAAUGCUUUACAGUUUCCUCAUAUCAUCAAAUAACUCUUGGAUCCAGGAGAUAAUCAGCCCAGAACAUGUGGGCCAUCUAAACAACAAGACUACAAACUUCUAUAUCAGUGUGUUGGACCAAACCAGUUUGCCGGCUCUUCUGGUCAAGCAAAUGUUGGCUAACCUGACUGGGAUCACGGUCAACGUCACUGAGGAGGACUGCAGGAACCAGAGAGAGAACAAAGACGACACGGAGAGCCAACAUCUGUACAAGUACCUUUGGGUUCAGGGGGCAGCAGCUCCCAACGGCACGCAGCGGGAGGGUUUCUGCAUCCGCUCCACCGUGUCGUGGUCCAAAGCGUUGUCCCCGGCCUUUGAGCUCGAGGACUACACCUCCAGUAUUUACUCAACAUGGACGGAGUCCAGGUGGAAGAAAAUCAAGGGACGCAUAUUCCUGGUGGCCAGCCAUGACUUGGAGAUGUUGACGCUCGGCGUGGGGAUCGGCGUGCUUCUGACGUCCCUCUUGCUGACGUACAUCAUCAGCUCCAAGGUAGACAUCCUGUUCAGCUCAGGGCGGGAGCCCACCAGCGCCACCUACUGAUCCACAGGAAGACGUCUCCGGCCUGCCACCACUACAACCCCAACUACUACUACUACUACUAUAACAACCGCUAGUACUACUUCUGUCCCAAGCAGACUUUAAAACUCGGCACAUUAAGGUACACAGACAGCUUUGAGUCAGCAGCGCAGUCGGGCCGGUUCUAAGACCCACUCUGUGUUCAUGGACUCACCUCGGUGAGGUCGGACGCCACGACCGGAGUGGACUGGAUGGAUCUGGACUCCUCAGGGUCAGAAACACUGGUCAGGCACCAGAGGGGCCCUGUCAGCGGACAAGAUGUUCAUAUUUCUCUGGAAUUUCCUUUUUUUUUCAUUUCUCUAACUUUUUAACGUGGAGGAAUGUUUUUGUUUACUGUGUCUCUGAGCGAUUGUGUGUGAGAAACAUUCGGACUGCCUGAUCUAGUGGGUGAACAUUUGCACGGGUGUGUGAGUGCGAGUUCAGAGCCUGAAUUUCGGGGAUUGCGAUGUAUGUGCAAUACUGAAGCUAUCUUCUGUGUAAAUGUAAGUAAAUUAUCAAUCAGCUGUAAUGAUUAAAAAAAAGCCACUUUUUGAGCCGAUGAUCAGCUUUUAAAAUUCCUAUUUACGCUUUAAACUGACCUGGAAAGGUAGGAAAUGUAAACUGUCGUGCAGCACGUGUUUAUGUAGUGUUUUAUUUGGAAAA